AUGUCCACCAUGUUGGAGAGAUCGUCCUGCACUUCAUCUUCCAAUCCAUCUACAAUAGGAGAGAUAGUGAAGUUUGGGGAUGUUGAGAAGGAGAGAGAGAUUGAGAAGAGGUUGAAAGAGUUGGGUCUGUGGCAUAACAAGGUUCGCCUGGAGGAAGCGACCUGCCGGAAGUUGGAGGAGAGAAUUGAAAGUGCAGACGGGUUGAGCCACGUGAUCAGGAGAGCCAGAAGAAGAAGGAGGAUGAGGGAAUUGGGUGUGGAAGGAGUGAGAAGUGCGAGUCUGGGUGCAAGUGAUGGAAGGAUUUGUGAAAAGAAUGAAGGAAUGAAAACAAUGGAUGAGAUCAGGCAGAUCAUCAAACCGACGAUAAUUCGAGACGAGCAGGGGAAUGAGCUGAUCUACAGUAUUGAGGUGGACAUGGGUAGAUUCGUUCAUGACGUAACUCACCAUGUGAGCAAUCACGUGGUGUUUUUGACUGGAGCAACAAAUCCACUGUCUAAUGACCAAAAUAGUGUGACUAGCGAAGCCGAAAUAGACCGAACUUACAAGAAAGCACCUCAUCUUUCUGACGAGCACAACCUCAGUAGAACCAAAAGUAACUUCAAAAAAGGCAACAAUUACGAUGAAACUUUAACCAACAUAAUCUCACGACCGCAACGCUUAACGAAGGAAAUCAGCGUGCAACUGCCUAACACGGUUGACGUUUCGCAAGUUUUCAUAACUUUCAGACAGACCACCUUCAAAAUUAAGGUUCCUUUUGUUCUUGACCAGCUCAAUAAAACUCAUCGACAACAAUAUCUAAAUCAUCAUCAACGACAACAUUUUCAACAACUCCAAAAACAUCAACUAAACAGUGAAGAAGAAAAAGCUCACAAUGCAGAACAUUUCUCGAACAGCCGAUGCCAGCAGGAAGAGAAAGAAAUGAACAAAAAUUUUGUAGAAGAACAAAAAUCAAUUGAGCAACAAAAUCUUUUAAUCCAACGACAGAAAAACUUAGAAGAAGAAAAGCUUAGACUAAGAAAUCGACAUGAACAACUCGAAUUGAUGAUUCAGAAAGAGCAACAACCAACAAAUUAUUUCCAUAAAACUCGUUCAAAUAGCAAUAACCCAUCGACGGCGAACGUUUUAUCACGGCCAGAUGAGAAUGCAGGGUCCCGUGCAAAACCUCAGCAGAGAGCCGGCUUCCAACUGCUCACAUCUAUCCAACCCCAUUCACCCGGCUUCGCACAUCUUUCAUCGCCCAUCUUUUCAUCGAGCACUCCAUCACAAAAGGACUCGUCACCUCAAAUUGGAGCAAUUGAAACAUUAACAGCAACAUCAUCCACAUCGACAUCAAUAUCAACCACAUCAACAACAACAUCAGCACCAACAUCAUCAAUAACUUCAGCAACAGCACCAUCUUUCGGUUUAAACAAACAAACUGACAAAUCAGAAUGCAACGUCAAAAACAAUCUAUCGGAACUGAAACAUCAACGUCAUCGUCAACCUCAACAACAACAAUCUCAACCAUUGAAGUCACCGCAUCAACCGUCUUUAAAAAAUGAAUCCAUGCGGGAGAAUCCAGCCUACAAUCCAGCCAAUCAAAAUAUAGAAAUCACGACCAACGCAAAUGAUGAGAACCAACUGAAGAAAGUCUUCAAUCAAAAAUCCAUUUCCGAAAUGAAAGAAUACUUCGAAAAUUACAACAACCAGGAAAAAAUCAACAUUCAACAUCAAAAAAACAAAGGUGAUGACGGUAAAAGUAGUAAUGAUGACGACGAUGAUGAUCGUGACUAUGAAAGUGAGAAUGACAAAUUUAAUUUUUACUACGGUAUUAGUCUAAACAAUGAAGAUGAUUUGAAGCCGAGGACAAAACAUGAAAAGAUUUUCAACAAAUUUGCAAACCACGCUAACGACGGAAGCUCAAAAAAAAGAAACGACGUCGACACCUUUCAAAUGAAUUCUAACAACCAACGAGUUUUAGGAUCAGAACUUCGUAGCGAAAAGCUUGAUAGCAAAGGAAGUAUCAACGUUCGUGCUUACCAUGCUUCAAAAUUUGAAAACUCGACAGCACUUGAACGCCGUCUGAACAAAAAUAAAGUCAACAACGACCAACUUGAUGAAAACUUCGACAUUUCAAUAAACCAUAACUCUAAAAAAGGUUUAAGAAACAAAAACAACUCUUCUCUUUUCGCACGUGAAAGUGACAUUUAUUCUGAGGAGAAGGAUGAUGUUUCGCAUAUCAGCUCGUUGAACUUUUCACUAGAGAAACUAGUUGAAAGAAACAUCGGGUGGUCGGAGAAGGAAGAUGACGAUUUGAAACAGAUACCCGCCGCAGCACAUAACAUCAAAAACAAAUUGAAAAAAUUAAAAGUGAAGACCAAUCUGAACAAACAAUUUUGUAAAUCGAUAACCGAUGCUGAUGGAUUGGAAAAUGAAGUUUUUGAAAGCCGAAUUCAACACAAACUUCAGCUAGAUGACAAAACAACAGAAGUAGAAACUGACAGCAAGGCAGCACCGAAGAAAUUUGUGAAUGCACUGGUGGGAAGCGAGGACGAGGACAGCGGGAUCUUGAUCUGCAGUCCUAUGGAGGUCGAUGAAACCAGACUGCAAGCUCUCCUCGACACACUGGAAGAAAGUAGGAUCUAA